CCCUAACCGCGUUGUGUGAAAGUAGAAAAAUAUUGAAAACGACCGACUUUUUAGAAAAAGUGAGCAGAUAAUAUAUAAAACACAGCAAUAAUGGCGCGCAAGAAUGCCCAGGCCGAGGAUCUCUCGAACGUUGAGUUCGAGACCAGCGAGGAUGUGGAGGUAAUCCCCACUUUCAAUGCCAUGAAUCUAAAGGAGGAGCUGCUACGCGGCAUCUAUGCGUACGGUUUUGAGAAGCCAUCGGCCAUUCAGCAGCGUAGCAUCAAGCCCAUUGUGAAGGGACGCGAUGUUAUUGCCCAGGCUCAGUCGGGUACAGGAAAAACAGCCACAUUCUCCAUAUCCAUUCUGCAGAGUCUGGACACUUCUUUGCGUGAGACACAAGUGCUGUGUCUGUCGCCCACCCGCGAGUUGGCUGUACAAAUCCAGAAGGUGAUACUGGCCCUGGGCGAUAUGAUGAAUGUGCAGUGUCACGUGUGCAUUGGCGGUACAAAUCUGGGCGAGGACAUACGCAAACUGGACUACGGCCAGCACAUUGUGAGCGGCACGCCGGGACGUGUGUUCGACAUGAUCAAGCGGCGUGUUCUGCGCACCAGAGCCAUCAAGAUGCUGGUGCUGGACGAGGCCGAUGAGAUGCUGAACAAAGGUUUUAAGGAACAAAUCUAUGAUGUUUACCGGUAUUUGCCACCAGCAACGCAGGUGGUGCUCAUCUCAGCCACAUUGCCCCAUGAGAUCCUUGAAAUGACAUCAAAAUUUAUGACAGAUCCCAUUCGCAUAUUGGUCAAGCGCGAUGAGUUGACCCUGGAAGGCAUCAAACAGUUCUUCGUGGCUGUCGAGCGGGAGGAGUGGAAGUUCGACACGCUCUGUGAUCUGUACGAUACGUUAACCAUCACCCAGGCUGUCAUUUUCUGCAAUACAAAGCGCAAGGUGGACUGGCUGACGGAGAAGAUGCGCGAGGCUAAUUUCACGGUCAGCUCCAUGCACGGCGACAUGCCGCAGAAGGAGCGUGAUGAGAUCAUGAAGGAGUUCCGCGCCGGCCAGUCGCGUGUUCUCAUCACCACAGAUGUGUGGGCUCGCGGCAUUGAUGUGCAGCAAGUGUCCCUGGUCAUCAACUACGACUUGCCCAACAACCGUGAGCUGUACAUCCAUCGCAUUGGCCGAUCGGGUCGUUUUGGACGCAAGGGUGUCGCCAUUAACUUUGUCAAAUCCGACGAUAUUCGCAUUUUGCGCGACAUUGAGCAAUACUACUCCACACAAAUCGACGAGAUGCCCAUGAACGUGGCCGACUUGAUCUAACACACAAUAGAUACAUUUCUGUCAAUGUAUUUUUUGAUGUAACGAAACGCAGCGCAUCUUUUCUUAGCAUUAACAACAAAUGGAGUGGAGUACAUUUGAAUAUUUGAAGACAACCAAAAUCUGUAUAAUAAUAAAUAACACGUAAGAAUUUAAUACAGAAA